AUGGCUCUGCAUACUUCUGUUUUCCUCUGCUUUUCGAUCUUCUUCUCCUCCUCCUUCCAAAAGCAUGCAUUUGGCCAAGAUAAUGAUAAUGUUGCUACGCUACAUGCUCGCUUAGCCGAUCGAGUUUACAGUGUUGAGGAAUUUGGUGCCAGGGGAGAUGAUAGAUCGUUUGACAACCAGGCAUUUGAAGAGGCAUGGCAUAAGGCUUGUUCUUGCAAAACAGCCUCUGUUCUUUUGGUGCCUAAUCACAAAUACAGAUUAAGGCCUAUUAGAUUCUGUGGUCCUUGCAAAAAUCAUAUCACAGUGAAGAUUGAGGGAACGCUUGAAGCUUCUCCGGACCCCUCUCACUGGAACACCCACAAUUUGGGGUAUUGGAUAUUGUUUGAUAGCGUGAAAAACCUAGUGGUUCAAGGUGGUGGGACGAUCAAUGGGAAUGGCAAAAAAUGGUGGCAAAAGUCAUGCAAAACUAACAAUUCCUUGCCUUGUGUCGGCGCACCCUCGGCAUUGUUCUUCAAUUCAUGCAAGAACUUGGUGGUAAAGGAUCUCAAGAUGAAAGAUAGCCAACAAAUCCAUCUAAACAUUCAAAAAAGCAUGAAUGUCAAAGCUUCAAAUCUGUCAAUCAUCGCACCCGAAUCAAGCCCAAACACAGAUGGAAUUCAUGUCGGCGAGAGUAGCAAUAUCCUAAUAAGAGAUACCAUCAUCAGAACAGGAGACGAUUGCAUAUCCAUUGUGAAUGGUUCACGACAAAUACUCACCAAAAACAUCGUAUGUGGUCCAGGUCAUGGAAUCAGCAUUGGCAGUUUGGGAGCUAAACACACAAAGGAAAGUGUGUCCAAUGUGUUUGUGAAUGAUGUCAUAUUGAAGAACACAACAAAUGGUAUUAGGAUCAAGACAUGGCAAGGCGGGCAAGGCUACGCGAAGGACAUCACAUUCCAAAACAUCACUAUGCACAACGUCAAGAAUCCCAUAAUUAUUAACCAAAACUACUGCGACUCGAAACUUCCUUGUCAUGAACAGGAUUCAGCAGUGGAAGUGAGUCACGUACUCUACAAGAACAUCAAGGGAACCAGCGCUUCGAGAGAAGCCAUGACAUUUAACUGCAGCAACAAUGUCGGGUGUCACCACAUUGUGCUGCAGAACAUCGACUUGGUGGGCGAGGGUGGAGAGGUUGUGACAAGUGCGUGUAAUAAUUUCAAAUGGCAAGGGAUUGGGAAGAUCAUUCCUAGUCUAUGUGCUUGACACAAUAAUUAGGGUUUACUGAUAUGCUUGUACAGCUUAUUUCCAAACCAAUAAACAGCAGGAAAUUAUGUUAAGAAGUAGCACAUAAUAUAAUGGAGAAAUUGUCAAGGCAA